CUUCUGCACCAGCACGCCUCCUCUGCUCGCCAGUAGGCUUGCAAGAGCUGUGAAAGCAGUAAGAGUUCUCCCUUCCCAAGCAAAGGAUGAGCUUGCCUCGACAGGCAGGCACUGGUAGAAGCUGCUGCUGCUCCCUGUGUGUAGGCUCUCACAAAUCAGGAAGGAGGGGAAAGUGACAGAGAAACAAUAACACCAAAAACUCCUCCAAAACAGCUGAUGAUGAAAGUGACCAGGAAGAAAGCAACUUGAAGGCAGCAGCGGGAGGAGGACAACGAUUUUCCAAGAAACCUGGAACAGCAAAUCUGAUGAACCUAGACCCUUCAGCUGAAAGUGAAGAGCAUAAACCACGGCAGAUGGAGCUAAAGAGCUGACCCUCUGAACCAGCCGCUGCAGUAGGCUUGUAGCCUCUGGCCAUCAGGCACAUAGAAAAACACAUAACUAGAGGAGAAGAUAAACACUGCUUGGGAGAGGAAGGAAGAGGACGACCUGGCAUUCUGCUGUCAUGGCCUGGCUCCACUGAUCGGUCCAACCACGCUAUUUAAGCCGGAAGGAGGCACAGGAAGUUUGUCCGAGCAACAAGGACCUUCCUCUGGAGAACAUUAGGCUAACUACUCAAGUGCUUCAGCACGACAAUUGCAGCUGUGUCUGUGGGCUGCUGCAGAGAGCCAGGCAGAUGCCUGUGGAGAAGUAGUCUGCUACGCGCCAGCGGAUCUGAAGUCAGGAGACAGUCGACAGAUCCUGAUCUCAGGUGCAAUGGUGUCGAUACAGAAUAACUCCUACCUGUCUAGGGCAAUGGAGAACUUUAUGGUUCUGCGCUCCUGGAACACGAGCGCCAACUCAUCCACUGUGGACUGCAGCGUGGAAGACAACACGUACAAGUGCAAAUUUGACGAGGAGUUCAAGUACAUUCUGCUGCCCGUCUCCUACGGCAUCGUGUGCGUGGUGGGGCUGUGCCUCAACCUGCUGGCCCUCUACGUCUUCCUCUUCAGGAUCAAGACCUGGAACGCCUCCACCACGUACAUGUUCAACCUGGCCGUGUCCGACACGCUCUACGUGGUUUCCCUGCCCUUGCUGGUGUAUUACUACGCCAAGGGGGACAAUUGGCCUUUCAGUGUGGGCUUGUGUAAAAUAGUCCGUUUCCUGUUCUACACCAACCUCUACUGCAGCAUCCUCUUCCUGCUCUGCAUCAGUGUCCACCGUUUCCUGGGCAUCUGCUUCCCGCUGAAGUCACUGCAGUGGGGCCGUGUCCGCUACGCGCGGAGGGUGUCAGGGGUCGUCUGGUUGGUCAUAAUCACGUGCCAAUCACCGGUGCUCUUCUUUGUCACCACCAGUGUGAGGUGCAAGACUAUCACCUGCCACGACACGUCGAGCAAGGAGCUCUUCGGCCAGUUCGUCAUCUACAGCUCGGUGAUGCUGGUGCUGCUGUUCUGCAUCCCUUUCCUGACCAUCAUCGUGUGCUACUACCUGAUGGCUCGGAAGCUGCUGCAGCCCACCCGGGGGACCUCCAGGAGGUCUAAGUCCAAAAAGAAGUCAGUCAAGAUGAUCAUUGUUGUCCUGGUGGUCUUCAUCAUCUGCUUCCUUCCUUUCCAUGUCACUCGCACCUUGUACUACUCCUUCCGGAGCUGGGACCUUAGCUGCGGGACCCUUAAUGCCAUUAACUUAGCCUACAAAGUGACCAGGCCCUUAGCUAGCACCAACAGCUGCCUGGAUCCCAUUUUGUACUUCUUAGUAGGCCAAAGGUUUGUGAAGUUCGCAGGCAACAAAAUGCCAGUGAAAACUCCAAACCGAACGGCCCUGAAGGUAACUCCCACCAGCAACACAGGAACCAGCAACAACCUAGAUAUGAUAGCCAAAAUGUGAAAUCCCAGCCUGCUACAUUUCUGUCCACUGUCCUACCACAUUGCAGACUAUUCUGUCUCCAUGGUGGAAGGACUUCUCCACCGUGUGUAGGGGAGUCUGGCAUGUGGCCAUUAUGCAUGUGUAACCCACUGGUGAGUCUGUUACAGGUCCCACUCUGCACUGAGUUACAGAGGGUCUGAGUUUUUGCAGCCCCCAGCUACAGAGGCAUGACUCGUUAGCUAAUGCUGCACCAGCUCUUGCUUUUUGCUCUGAAGGUCCUACCUGUGGUGGGUCAGCCAAGGUGACGGCUGUCACCCAUUGGGUUGAUUCCCUAGGCUUCAGGCGUUGAUGCUUGAGCAGGAAUGGCUCAACAAGAUACACCUGUGUGUAUGUCACCAGUUUAAUGACCUUGUGGAACUAAGGUGCUGCUUCAAUGAUAUAUUGUAAUCCCAUAUGCAUGUCUUCGUUCAGCUCUGAAACCCAAAUACUCCUCCUCCAAACCCGCUCCUCUCUCUGAUACGGAAUGGUGUCUAUCCAGGAGUGAGAAAAGACUACCUGCUGCAUGGUGGUCAGGCCAAAGAAGUGACAAGCAUGCUAAAAGAAUAAUAGCCGUGCUAAAAGUUCAUACUGGUUUUUCUAAAACAAAUUUUUUCAAAAAAAAACCCCAAACCCGAACCCACCUGUCGAUAUUAUUGAAAUGUUCUGCCUUUCACGACAUUUUCUGCCAUAUUUUCUGUUGAUGUUUUUAUCAAGAAAUUAUUGCAAUCGGCAAGAAAAGCAGUGCGUGAAAAAUGCCGAUAAUUAUUUUGAUAAAAAUUUCAAUCCGAAUAUUGACUUAAAAUAUCUCCGAAAAUGGAGCUCUGGGAAAUGGAAAAGACUUUGAUGUUUUUCACAAAAUCAUUUCCCCAUUUUUCAUCCAGUGCAUCUAUUGGGGAAGUUUUUAUCAUUCAUAUUAGGGAUGUGAGACUUUUCGCCUCACUCCAAGCCGGGAGGAUGACUCAUCAGAAAAGUAGUUAAACUCUGCAAAGUCUUUUCCUCCUGGGUGAAUGUUUAGCACAAGAAAGGAAAGUAAGUAAAUUAUAGGCAGAAAGGAAACAGAAAAACUCCCCAGCAAGGGGUUCUACCCACUUUUAUGGGUUGCCUGACCUUCCCAAAGGCAAUAGCCCUCCUCUGUCUCCCGAGUGUUUGCUCUCAUAGCUUUUCUCCAGAGAGCACUGCUUGUUCACCAGGCACGGGAUAGUGCUGCCCUACCCUGUCACACCCAAAUUCUAAAGGCUUUUCGAAAGCCAUAAGGCCUCCAAAGUGCAGCUUUUACUAAUUGCCCAAUACUGACUUUAAUUUUGGGUGGGGUUUCUUUUUAUCCUUUCCCUAGUGAUUCAUCUUUCCUGAGAAAGCGAUAAGGCCUUUCAUGAUAUAGCUGGCCAGGCAAUCCGGGGCUGGUGUGUAAGCUCCAUCUACACUGCCAUUUAUGUUGGCAAAAUUUUAUGUCGCUUGGGGGUGUGAAAAAACCACGCCCCCUGAGCGACAUAAAUUUCGCUGGCGUAAGUGGCAGUGUGCCCAGCCCCAUGUCAGCGGGAGAGUUUCUCUCACUGACAUCGCUGCUGCGGCUCAUUGGGGGUGGUUUAAUUGUGUGACGGGAGCGCUCUGUCCUGUCGGCACAGAGCGGCUACACGAGAGACCUUACAGCGGCGCAGCUGCAUCGGUACAGCUGUGCCACCGUGAGCUCGCUAGUGUAGACGUGGCCUAAGCAACUAGAUGUACAGCAGCUGGGAAACGUUCUAGCAUGGAGGCAACAGCACGCUGCAACUUUUAGCAAUUUGCCAGGAGCUGCAGCUAAUUGAGAAAGGGCCCAAUUCUGCCACUUUUACUCAGUACUGAGCCUGACUCAACCAUGGGCCAGAUCCUCAGCUGGUGUAAAUCAGUCUGGCAUUAUUAAAGCCAAUGGUCCUCGCUAGAAAAUUAGGCAGUGUGGGAACACGACCGAGAGGAGUCAGGUUAAGUAACAUGAUGUUAAACCCUACUUUGUAGUCAGUGGGCUUGUCUUCACUGCCAAGUUAUAACGUGAGUGUUGCCCCUAACUCGAAUCCUGCCUACACACGCAAACCCUUAGCUCCAGUGUGGUGGUGCUUUUAACUCGAGUUUGCUGGCCUAUUAGGGCGUAGGAGCUAAAGCUUGAGUUAGUGCAACUCAUCAGCUGCCAACAUGACCACUUAAGUGUGGAUGCAGGCUAGUCCCACUUGAGGGUGACCAGUCCUCCAAUGCCUUCCCACAAUUCCAUCAGUGUGCCCAGUAAGGACAGACCAGGCCAGCCACAAUUCACUGGGAAAGAACUCAUAGAGUGGCUCGGCUUACAGGAGUGCAAAGAACCGUGGGAUAUGACCCGAGAAGUCUUAGCACCACACACGAGUGAGUGCAACGCCAAUGUGAACACAAACGGAACAGGAGGACUUGUGGCGCCUUAGAGACGGACCCAUUUAUCUGAGCAUGAGCUUUCGUGAGCUACGGCUCGCUUCAUCGGAUGCAAGCCCU